AUGUCAGAAACCAUUAUGCCACCUCACCCCGGUCUCGAGGGAUUGACCAACAUUGACGAACUUAAACAUCUCUGCCCUGCCUUCUCAAAGGGUUGUCCUUACGCUGCCCUUGAAGAAGUGGAUUCCAUCGCAGUCAGCCAUGGCGAACUCUCUCGCUGUCCUGCAUUCAAGGAUGGAUGUCCUUUCUCUACCAAAUCCGAGCAAGAAAUUGUCGAUUUAAUGAAGCAAAUCCCCAAAGAUCAUCCCACUUUGAAUAUGCCAGAGCUUCCCUCCUGCGAAGAAGGCAUCAUCCUCGUCAAGCAGCUCAACAAGUUCCUUGACAAGUCGCAAUUGGAAACCUUGUUUGAUAUCAAGCCCAAGGAUACCGUGGAAGACCUCAAGGUCGAAGAGCCUGCCGAACCCGAAUAUCUGGAAGACCCUCAGUUAGCGUCUGCCAUGAGAGAAGGUACCAAGGUGGUCCACAGAGCUGCCGAAACCAGUGUCUUUACAAAACGUUUCCUGAAGGGCGAUAUCAAUGCAGAUGAAUAUGGUCGUUAUAUCAAUUCUCUCUACUUUGUCUACAAAUACAUGGAAGAGCUCUUGGAACAGUACAAGGAUCACAUGGUUGUCAGUAUCAUCCACUUUCCCCACGAACUCAACAGAAGAGAGUCAUUAGAGAAGGACCUCGAAUUCUUUUACGGUCAAGAGCGUGUUGCCGAGUUGAUCCACCCUGAUACCAUGACGCCUGCUGUCAAAAAGUACGUGCAAGCUUUGAAGGAUGCCUGUGACAAGAGCCCCGCUCUCUUGAUCGCUCACAGCUACUCUCGCUACCUUGGUGAUUUGAGUGGUGGCCAAAUUUUGUCCAAGCGUCUUAAGAAGCAUGUCCUCCAUCUCGAUGAAAACGAUAGCUCCUGGGAUACCACUGAAGGUUUGAACUUUUACCACUUUAACAACUUGGGCAAUCAAGCCGAUUUCAAGAACUUUUACCGUGAGCGUCUGAACGCUGCCAAGGUGGAUCAACAUACCAGAGAUUUGAUUGUCUCUGAGGCUGUCUACUCUUUUGAAUUGAAUAUCCAACUGUUUGAUGAGAUCCAAGAAUUAUCUGAAGCUGGUAAGUUGGUCCCCUCCAUUAUUCAAGAGCAAGAGGAAGAAGAGGUCAUUGUCGCUCUCAAGGAGGAAGUGAUUGAGGUCCAGGUCAAUCAAGACGCCGUUCCUGUCAAGCAAUCGCGCAAGACAUCUUCUGCUUCCACCUGGAUUGCUGCUGCCACUGUCGGUAUUGCUGUCAUUGCCAUUGGUGCCACCGUUUAUCAACGUUACUAUAGCCACAAGAAAUAG